UUGAGUGUUACGCACGCUUUGGUUUUACACUGACGGUUAACGGUACUACUUCUUUGUGUGAUCAAAAACGAAUUUUAAGAAGUGACGCGGAAAAACCUUGUGAAGUAAUAAUUUUUUGAUUGUGCAAUUUUGUGAAUGGCCAACAGGCAUCAAUCACAAUCAAGUGCGCAAAAUCUACAACAAUCAAAAGUGCAACAAUUACAACAGCAACAACUAAAACGACGACGACAGCAACGCGUACAAGAUGUGUACGAAAAAUCAAAUGAGUGUUCUCAUGGAGAAAUUGAAUACGGUUCAUUGUGUUACGAAGUAUUCAAGAAAGACGUUAACUACUUACAUUCAAUAAAACUCGCGUCAAUCGCGCUCAUAACAGUUGCAAGGAAGCACAGUCUCCAUCAAAAUGUUCACCAGACUAGCAGCAACACAAACUCUCACUAAAGGCCCACGCCCACUAGUUUUAUGCGGACCGUCCGGCUCUGGGAAGAGCACGCUGCUGAAACGUCUCUUUGCAGAAUUUCCAAACACUUUUGGUUUCAGCAUUUCGCAUACAACGCGUGCGCCACGUGCCGGUGAGGUGCAUGGCAUCCAUUACUACUUUGUCGAUCAGCAGGAAAUGCAGAAAAAGAUCGCGAAUGAUGAAUUCAUUGAGACCGCAAUUUUCAGCGGCAAUAUGUAUGGCACCAGUAAGGCAGCAGUGCGUGAGAUACAGCAGGCGGGCAAAGUGUGCGUACUGGAUAUAGAGCCGCAAGGUGUGGAGCAAAUUAAAAAGACGGACUUGAAUCCAAUUUUGGUUUUCAACAAUCCACCAACAAUCCGAGAUUUGGAAUUGCGUUUGCGCAAGCGCCAAACUGAAACGGAGGAAACAUUGCAAAAGCGACUGACUGCAGCUGUAGAGGAGAUAGCAUAUGGGCUGAAGAAUGGAAAUUUUCAUAAGAUUAUUAAUAAUAUUGAAAUUGAUGCAGCUUACCUAGAGUUCAGAGAUUUCAUUGUGAACGAGUUGAAGAAGCAAGAGGCCGAAGGUGUUCGUAUUCGUUGGGAAUGAAUCUUAGACUUGGAAGUGUUGAAAAAUUACGAAAUAAUAGUCGAGUUCAUGUUGUCAAUAGAAGAUAAGAACAUAUGUAAUGAA